GUUUGAAUCUGGUUACUCUCCUUAGUUUCAUUUGGUACUGUUUGGUGGAAAGUUUUUUUUUUUUUCUAUUCUUUUUCGACUAGUGUGGAAGAAACCACGACUCUAUUUUUUACUGCACUCUUGUGAAAGCUCUUGGUGCACUAUAAAAAUGUCACACAAGUUUUGGUUCAGUAAAAUAGGUUGGGGAUUCUGAGAUUGAAAAGUGCUUUUUUUCGGAAAAUGGCUGAUGAUGAAAGUUUUGAGAAUCUAAAAGCUGCCCGGAAAUUGUUGAAGGCUAGUAUGGAGCAGUCUUCAGCUCUUUCGUCGGCGAUUGAUGAAGUUGGGUUGAAAGUGGAACGCAUGAAGGAGAGGUUGCCAUCUUUGGAAGCGGCAAUUAGGCCCGUUGGGACGCGAAAGUGUGGAUUAUUUGCAAUGAGGGACCAAAUCAAUGGUGCCAUUGGCCCUGCUGCUGCUGUUCUCAAAGUGUAUGAUGUCGUUCGGGAGCUAGAGAAUUCGCUGUCUUUCGAAUCAUGUUCUGAUCUCCACGCUUAUCUUUCGACCAUGAAAAGGCUUGAAGGGGCAUUGAGGUUUCUUGCUGGCAGCUGUGGGCUGGCCAUUCCGUGGCUGCAUGACAUUGUUGAGUUUUUGGAAGCCGACGCAUUUGCCAAUGAUCAAAGCCUCUUGAAUGUGAAGAAAGCUCUGAGAAUUCUACGGGUGUUGCGCGCAAUCGAGGGUUGUGCUCGCCUUGAUGGAGGGGUUCUCAAUGCUGCGUUCAACAAGCUGGAAACCGAAUUUGUAAGCUUAUUAAUGGAGAACAAUGCUACAGCCUGCAUUGCUUCAUCGCCAUUACCAGUGCCGGUAAUUCAAAAGCUUCAAGCCAUAGUUGAGAGACUGAAUGCUGCUGAUCGGCUUGAAAAGUGCGUAUUGCUGUACGCUGGCGUGCGGAGUUUGAAUGCUAGGAGAAGCUUGCAGGCUCUCGAUCUCAACUACCUUGAGAUACAAGUCUCUGAGUUUGAUGAUAUGCAGAGCAUCGACUCUUACAUUGAGCAAUGGGGCGAGCAUUUGGAGUUGGUUGUGAAGCAUUUUCUCGAGUUUGAGUACAAACUCUGCAACAGUGUCUUUGAGAAGACAGAAUCAGAUGCUUGGAAGCGCUGCAUUGCGAGAUUCGCUGAAGAGUUUAGGCUUGUUUCUCUCCUCCAAUUUGGCAGGAGUGUCACCAAGAUAAAGAAGGGCCCGGUCAAGCUCUUGAAGCUACUAGAUGUAUUCGCGGUUUUAGAAAAUCUAAGGGUCAAUUUUAACCGGAUUUUCGGAGGGGAGGCCUGUGGUGAGAUUCAGAACCUCACAAGGGAUCUGAUCAAGGAGGUUGUCAAUGGGGCUUGUGAGAUUUUCUGGGAACUUCCUAGUCAAGUGAAGUUGCAAGGGCGGUUUUCUCCUCCAUCGGAUGGUGGCAUUCCCGGGCUAGUAACCUUUAUAACUAAUUUCUACAAUCAACUUCUAGGGGAAGACUACAAGCCAAUCUUGAUCCAGGUCUUGCAGAUCCAUCAAAGCUGGAAAACCGAUAUACACGAAGAUGAAGAUGAUGAUCUUCUUUUGAUACAAAUUUUUAGCACGAUGAAGGAAAUCGGCCUAAAUUUGGAUACGUGGUCGAAGACCUACGAAGACAUCUCCCUCUCCUACCUUUUCAUGAUGAACAAUCACUGCCAUUUCAGCCAAUUGAAGGGCACAAAGCUUGGGGAAAUAAUGGGAAACUCUUGGUUAGGAGGACAUGAGCAAUACAAGGACUACUACGCAGCUCUCUACUUGAGAGAGAGUUGGGGAAAGCUUCUGAUUCUCCUAACCCAAAAGGGUUGGAUAUCGCCCCCUGUCGGGGGAGCAACGGAUUAUCAUCAGGGCUCCGACGAUAAGAAAAGGCUCAAGGCAUUCAACGAGGCAUUCGACGAGAGGUACAAGAAGCACUCGAAUUGGAUCAUUUCGGACGAUUGCUUGAGGCAGAAGGUAUGCCAACUUUUGGUGCAGGCAGUUGUACCUGUUUAUAAAAGUUACAUGCAGAAGUAUGGAGUUUUGUUGCAACAAGAUGCAAGUGCUAGGAAGUAUGUCAAACACACUACACAAAGCUUGGAGAAGAUGCUGAGCUCACUCUUUCAGCCCCAGCGUAGCAAGUACUGCAGUACCAAACAUAUUCGCUUUAUCGGCAAGCUGAAAAACGUCGUCACCAAUCAGUUUCGUGUUACGCUGACCGCAAUGUGAGUUCAUAGGGUAAUGCUAGAGGGUCACAUUUCUAGAGUUUUGGUAAUUUCCUUGUACAGAUCUACACGUAAAAUUAAUUAACAUGUAUUGGUUUAAAUUAUUAUUCUCGGAUUUCCUAUCAACUUCUUCAUUCGUAUUGAUGUUCUUGAUUCGGAAACUUCUCCUUGUAGCUACAUGUUUUCGUCGCGUUAAAAAAAAGGUUUGUGCCGAUUGAUUUUC